AUGUCGAGUAGGUACUUCACGAGUAACACCUUUAACAACUGUCACAUCAAAAUGCUUCAACUCCCGCUCCCGUUUGUUCCCAUGAUAGAUAUCCAAAGAGUCAUAUAUGUUGUGGUCAAAGGAGUAGAAACCUGGAGAGUGACCCUUACUUUACUUUGGUCUACGAAUACGAUACGGAUAGAAUUGGGUUGCAAGAGUUAUUGUGUAGAUUAA